CAAACCAGAACCAGACUUUGACCAAACCCAGCUGCACCGACAACGAUGAUUGGCCACACUGGAAACACCAACCCACCAUUGCUGCACUUUCAUUGGUCUACGCUGUGUCAAUCAAAUCCUACACUGAACUUUCAUUGGUUUACUCUCAGGACGCUCAUAUUCAGUGAAUGCGGAGAGCACGAGCGAGUCGCGACGCUGUGUUUGGAAUUGAAUAGACGCACGCGAGAUGAGACCCGGGUACAAAAUGUAUCAUGCAUGUUCUCCAUCUAAAAUGAGCGUUUGCAAUCGACAAAACGGCAUGUUUUAGAGCGGUAUUUACUCCUUUUUGCUCAGGUGUUUCCUCCAAACGAUAGGAAAUGUUGGAUUGUCUGAGCUUCAAACAUCUGGCGAGAGGAGGAUGUGCAUCUGAAUCUGAGCAGAUAAUGAUGUGACUGAUACUGCAUCAUUCAUUUCAUCUAAACUUCAGAUAAGCAUGAAGGGUCUGCCUCCAUACUGACAUGUUUGCUAGUGACCUUGCAUAUUGGCCGAACAUGCCCUCUUUACUCUGUAACUGCAAGAAGAAGAAUGGUUUAUUCCUCCCCUAAUCCACCCGUGGCUUCAGGGCAGCCUAGCGCCACCCUGCACCCCCCGCUCAGGGCAUUGACCCAGUCAGUGGGCACAAGAGCCAUGGAGAAUUUGUCAUCAAAAGACAACGGCUCACUGGACUUCAGGACUCUAUCAGAAUACGUAACACCUACAUCUGUGUGGCAGGACCCCGUGCAGGGCCUGAACCUGCCCCUUCAGGUCUUCUUCUGUUUGGUCAUCAUCUGUGUGCUGCUGCUGGCCUUCCUCGGCAACAUGGUGGUCUGUGUGAUGGUUUACCAGCGAGCCGCUAUGCGCUCAGCUAUUAACAUCUUGCUGGCCAGUCUUGCCUUUGCUGAUAUGAUGUUAGCGGUCCUCAACAUGCCCUUUGCCCUUGUCACCAUGGUGACCACGCGCUGGAUCUUUGGGGAGGUGUUUUGCCGUGUAUCAGCUAUGUUCUUCUGGAUGUUUGUGAUGGAGGGUGUGGCUAUUUUGCUGAUCAUCAGCGUGGACCGCUUCCUGAUCAUCGUUCAAAAGCAGGAUAAACUCAGUCCACGCAGGGCCAAAGUGUUGAUCGCCAUCUCAUGGUCUCUCUCGUUCUGCCUCUCCUUCCCUCUUUCUGUUGGCCAUCCUGCCCUGUACAUCCCCCCCAGAGCACCACAGUGUGUUUUUGGAUACACGGUUGAGCAUGGAUACCAUGCCUACGUGAUGCUAAUUAUGUUGGUUUUCUUUUUUGUACCCUUCCUGGUGAUGCUGUACACGUUCAUGGGCAUCCUAAGUACACUCCGUCACAACGCACUGCGCAUCCACUCCUACCCCGACUCUGUCUGCCUCAGCCAGGCGAGCAAGCUGGGUCUCAUGAGUCUGCAGAGGCCCUUUCAGAUGAACAUUGACAUGAGCUUCAAAACACGUGCCUUCACCACAAUCCUCAUUCUUUUCUCGGUCUUCACCGCAUGCUGGGCUCCUUUUGCUACCUACAGCCUACUGUCCACCUUCAGUAGUACAUUCUACUACAGGCAGAACUUCUUUGAGAUCAGCACGUGGCUGCUGUGGAUCUGCUACCUCAAAUCAGCCCUGAAUCCUCUCAUCUACUACUGGCGUAUCAAGAAGUUUCGUGUCGCCUGCCUUGAUUUAAUGCCCAAGUACUUCAAGUUCCUCCCACAGUUGCCUGGCCACACUAAGAGACGUAUCCGCCCCAGUGCAGUUUAUGUGUGUGGGGAGCAUCGCUCUGUGGUAUAGCAGAGGACAUGUGUCUUUUUGUAAUUCUUAUGGUACAGUCUUGACAAGCUGUGAUAUGUUUGAUCUUUCUUAAAGGCAGGAUGAUUUAGCUAUAAGAGAUUUUACAGAUGGUUUACAGAGCCUGUACAUUAAACUACUUUAAUUGCACAAUGUUUUUACAUCUUAAAGGAAUAGUUCAACCACAAUAAUUCUCUUCUGCAGAACACAAAUAAAGAUGUUUUCAUAGAUGUUAUUAUAUGAUGUGUUCAUAUCCAUACAAUGCAAGUCAAGGGGGUCCAAAAUUUCCAAAGCUCCAAAAAGGACAUAAAGGCAGCACAAAAGUAUUCCAUAUGAUGCAGUCCACGCAUUCUGAAGAGAUACGAUCGGCUUUGGGUGAGAACAGUCUAAAAAGUAGUAAGAGUUUGAUACCGCAUAAAGGUGCGGUCACACAUACUUCGCAAUGUGAAUUUUCACGGGAGAAGAUGGUGGGGACGGACGUUGAGCGUGUGAAAUCAGCAAAAAUAUUGUCAAGAAGCCUCUUUUUAAUGCUGCACUUUAUACUCUGUGAGAGUGAUGUUAAAAAGAAACUCACCACUAAAAUGAUAUCCUUAUGCAUUGUGAAUAUUUAGUGUAGCUUUGUGCGAAGCACCGCCCACACAGAGGUCACUGCCAAACCAAGCAACUUCCCACUGGUCAACGUACCAAAAUUCACCUGUCAAAGUUCACCAAACCUGAACUCCACGUGAAAUCCGCGAGGGGAAAUUCUUUGCCACUGGAAGUUCAUUGUGCUAAAUUCACGAUCGUGCGGAUUCCCAUUGAGAUGACUGUAUUUUGCCUGCGGAAUUUCGCCAUGCGAAGAUAUGCGUGACUGCGUCUUAAGGUCCAAAGUAUACUAUGGUACAGGACGUGUGAUGCAAAUCUCGUCAUCAGCAGUGUGCUCGAGCAUUAAACGCAUUUUUCUUACCACGUUUCUUUGAAAGCACGAAUGCGCUUGGAGUUAAUUGUGCUAAUUUGUGGCUCCACAAGGUGGCAACACUCACAUUUGAGCUGUUGCUGUCACAAACAAGCGCUAGAAGAUGUAAUCGCCGCUAAACAUCAGGAGAUGAAGGUAAAAGCAACAGCUGUGGAUGUGCAAGUCAGGAUCGCGUGUGUGAGGAGGUCUGGAGAUACCUGCAUUUGUGUAACUUGAGUCUGAAGGAAUAUAAAGACUUCUUUAUGGGUCUAAACUCCUGAAGAGAAAGGCCAGUAUCACAUAGCGGGCAUGCGCCAACCACCUGUGUAUGCACGCACAGUUAUAUGGAGUAUAUUUUGACAGGCUCACGUUCGACUGUACGCAGACACUGAGCGUUCGCGUCAAAUUGGAAGUUAUUAUCAUUUUUGGGUGAACUAUUCCUUUAAUAGAAUUUAGAACUUACUAGAAGUUUGUUCUGUACAUACCAGUAAGGUGCUGCUAUAUUUGGUGAAAAUGUGCAAUUUUCUGUUUUAUGAGAUGAAUGUAAUAAGAUUUUGUGUGCUGUAUUUGUUUUUCUUUCUGAGCUUUGUGAUCUCAUUUUAAAAUUGGAAAUUUCUAUUUAAUUUUGUUAUUGAACAUUAAUUUCAACUAUUCUAUUUUACCUUGUUUAGUGUUGAAAAAAAGUUACAAGUAUUUGACCUUAAAUAAAGGCAUGUUCAUUUUAAACGUAGAUGACUGAGACAAAAUUUUUUAUUUUUUUUUGUCAUGUUCAUUGGAUACUCUAAUUCUCACGGAUAUUGAAAACCUGGAAAUGUCAGGGAAUUGUGAUUUCCAUGCCUGGAAAAUUAAUGGAAAUUAAUAAAAUUUCAA